AUGCCUGUGGAGCAUGCUUUCCCGGAACCUCUGGUAUACGAGCCAGCAUCGGGGACACACAAGCACACCGUAAUCCUCCUCCACGGCCGUGGCGGAAGCGCUGAUGCGUUCGGUCCGGCGAUUCUCAACACCGCCCUCCCUCUCGCAGACACUAGAACACGCCGCGGCUGGAGGACGGACCCUCCCGCCCGUGAUGGAAUGCCCGCCGAGCCGGCCGACCACAACCGUCCCACAACGCUCGCCCAAGUACUUCCACAUGCCAGAUUCGUCUUCCCCACCGCGCCCAAGCAGCGCGCCACCGUCUACAGGCGCAGCAUCAUCCGCCAAUGGUUCGACGACUGGCACCUGGGCUUCACCGCGGACGAGGUGGACGGCCGGUACGACCUGGGCCUGCAGACUGACGGGCUGGGCCGCACGGUCGCAUACCUGCACGGUCUGGUCGCCGAGGAAGGGGAGCUUGUGGGUGGGGCCCAUAAUGUCAUCCUGGGUGGCAUAAGCCAGGGCUGUGCGGCGAGCCUGGUGGCAUCAUUGCUGUGGGAGGGAGAGGAAGGGCUGGGUGGUGUUGUUGGGAUGUGCGGGUGGCUGCCCUAUAUCAGCCAGAUAAAAGAGCAGUUGAGACUUGGAGUUGGAGGUAAUGAGAGAAGCUCUGGGAAGGACAAGGAUUCGGAAGAAGAAGCCGGCUUUGACCCCUUUGACAGGUCAGCUUCUCCGGGUUGCGAUGCCACAUCGCCAGGCAACAUUGACACUGGAUGGUGUGUGGCCGCAGCCCUGGAUUGGUUGCGGUGUGAGCUCGAUAUGCCCAGGAGACAGUCGGCGGCAUCUCAUGUGCUCAGGAGCAGCAGUCCAGCUAUGCUAUGCCAUGGGCGAGAUGAUGGGAAGGUCGAAGUCGCCAAGGGCAGUGAAGCCGCCGAAUUCCUCUCCGCACUCGGUAUGGGACAUUGUUGCUUCAAGGAAUUCGCAGGUGUCGGGCACGAGUUCUCGGCGGGGAUGCUCUUUGGCAUCGCUAAGUUCAUCCAAGAUGUGCUAGGCGGGUCAUCAAGUUGA